AUGGAAGCGCGUUGUCGCGUAACGUCAUGGUCGUGGCCGACGAUCUUGUCGACGAUCGUCGUCCUGUGCCUGACGCUGAAACGUUGUACUGUGUACGGACGCAGCAUCACAAGUCUCUCGCAGGCGCCGAGCGGCUGCGAGUGGAGAAAGGAAGACGAUGACGCGGAAAAGAUUCUGGCGUGCCAGGUCAGAACGAUCGCAAACGUGCCUGAUCUGAUUGGAAAUCUUUCGGCGAUACAGAUAGACUCCAUAACAUCGUUGGGAUUGGAAUGCAGUGAUGUAUUAUUCUUCGAAAGUCAGCUCGAGGGUUCACAUCUUUUCCUGUUGCCAUUACCACGUCUUACGAAACUGCGUAUCGAUUAUUGCAAGAUCCGAUACUUACCGGGCGGUGUAUUCGCCCUGGUACACAAUCUCCGCAGUCUAUCCUUGCGAACGCACAACGGUGAUUGGUCAACCAUGACGCUGGAACUCCAUCGCGAUGCGCUUCGCGGUUUGACGAAUCUGCAGCACCUCGAUCUCACCAACAACAAUCUUUGGACGUUACCGUCGGAACUAUUCUGCCCAGUGCAGAGUAUCGUGAGCUUGAACUUGACGCGCAACAAGUUACAGGACAUCACGUCCUUGGGUUUUGCCGAUUGGGGCGAAUCCUGUACGCCGAAUCUCGAGAUUCUCGAUAUCAGUAAUAACGACCUCAGUGCCUUGCCCGACGGCGCGCUCAGCAGCUUGCGUAGCUUGACAGUGCUAAAGGUACAGGAUAACGCAAUCGGAUCGGUAGGUGACCACGCUCUAACUGGCCUUACGUCUCUGCAAAUCCUCAACAUGUCUAGCAAUAGACUCGUUGCACUGCCACCAGAAUUAUUUUCCAAAACGAAAGAGUUGAGACAGCUAAUACUUAGCAACAAUUCCUUGACGGUAUUAGCGCCCGGGCUGCUGGACAGUCUCGAGGAACUCCAGGAAUUAGAUCUCAGCAAUAAUGGAUUGACGAAUCCUUGGGUAAAACGGGACACUUUUUCACAAUUGAUUCGUCUUGUCGUCCUUGAUCUAUCAUUCAACGCCUUGACGAAAAUAGAUGCGUCCGUCUUCAAAGGUCUGAAUAGUUUACAAAUUCUGAAGCUUGAACACAACAAUAUCGAUACACUCGCCGACGGUUGCUUCGCCUCGCUCAUUAGCCUGCAUUCCUUAACGCUUUCGCACAACAGGAUCGCCAGAUUCGAACCAGUGCACACGGUCGGUCUUAGUGCGCUCGGACAGCUCUUCCUAGACAGUAACAGACUGCGCGUUCUACAUAGGCAUGUGUUCACCAAUCUCACGAAUCUUCAGGAUCUCUCUUUGAGCGGUAACACUCUGACAGAAGUUCCUUACGCGGUUCGCGUGUUGCAUUCACUCAAAACUCUCGAUCUAGGUAACAAUCAAAUGUCAAGAAUCGAUAACGAUUCGUUUGCCGGUUUGAACGAAGUAUACGGAUUGCGUUUAGUGGACAACAAGUUGGAAAACGUAUCGCGCGAAGCAUUCGCUACAUUGCCGGCAUUGCAAGUGCUUAAUCUAGCGAAUAAUUUCAUUCGUCAUGUGGAACAAAGUGCUUUCUCAAAUAAUCCAGUGUUACGGGUUAUAAGACUAGAUGGAAAUCAAUUGACGGAGAUACGAGGCGCCUUCACGAGUCUCUCGACUCUCGUUUGGCUAAACGUGUCCGAUAAUAAGCUGCUGUGGUUUGAUUACAGCCAUCUACCAUCCAGCAUAGAAUGGCUGGACAUACACUCCAAUCAAAUAAGUGAGCUGGGGAAUUAUUACAUGGUGCACAAUAGUCUGCGAAUAAAGAUGCUAGACGCCAGCUACAAUCUUAUCACCGAAAUUAAGGAUGUCAACGUGCCAGAUAGUGUGGAGAUGCUGUUCCUAAACAACAACAAGAUACGUAAUGUUGCGGCCGGCACAUUCUCGCAGAAGCCAAAUCUGGAGAAGGUAGUGCUUUACAGUAAUGAGAUCAAGAAACUGGAAAUCACCGCUCUCGGUUUACAAUCAGUAUCAGAAAACAAGGAACUUCCUGCGUUUUAUAUCGGGGACAAUCCCAUUCUCUGCGAUUGCACUAUGGAAUGGUUGCCACGGAUCAAUGAGAUGGCUCGGUUACGACAGUAUCCGCGCGUCAUGGAUCUCAAUGCUGUCACGUGCGACAUGGUGCAUGCUCGCGCCACACCGCGGCGUCCUCUGAUGUCCUUGAAGUCGAAGGACUUUCUCUGCCGAUACGAUACGCAUUGUUUCGCGCUCUGUCACUGCUGCGAUUUUGAUGCCUGCGACUGCGAGAUGACCUGUCCCGACAAUUGUUCAUGCUAUCACGAUCACAGUUGGUCCAGCAACGUCGUUGACUGUUCCAAUGCUGGGUAUAGACACGUACCGGAGCGAAUACCUAUGGAUGCGACGGAGAUCUAUCUAGACGGUAAUGAGCUAGGUGAUCUGAGCAGUCACGUUUUCAUCGGCAAACGUCGCUUGGAGGUGCUGUAUUUGAACAAUAGUCGUAUCAUAGCAAUACAUAAUCGAACAUUCAACGGUGUCGGUGCUUUGCGCAUUCUUCAUCUCGAGGAUAACGCAUUACGAGAACUACGGGGCUUCGAAUUCGAUCAGCUGGAGCGCAUGUCGGAAUUGUAUCUGGAUCAUAAUGCGAUCGCCACCGUAGGCAAUACAACUUUCAAGAAGAUGCAAAAUCUCGAGGUGUUACGACUGGAUAACAAUCGUAUUGUUGACUUUCGACCGUGGGAGGCCUUGCCGAGCGUCGGUGAUGGCACCAAAGUCGCGCUGGAGGGCAAUGCGUGGAGCUGCGAGUGUACGAAUGCUGCCAGACUACGUGCCUGGCUCGCGGAACAUCGUGGUGAUCCGGAGAAGAUGUAUUGCCGCGACGGUUCCGAGACUCUCGCCCAAGCAAUGGAAAGAUGCGGUGAUCCGUCCACGGAAGCUGUGAGUCGCGGUAUCCAAGAAAUUCCGUUGCUAGGCAGUAAUUUUGUGCCCUUGCUUGCUGGUGCUUUGGUAGCUGUUAUCGCCGUCUGUCUCAUUGUCGCGUUAGCUUUCGUUUUUCGUCAAGAUGUGCGACUCUGGGCCCACUCGCGUUAUGGUCUGCGACUUGGUAAAAUGACAGCACCGCCUGAUGAGGAGAGAGAUAGAUUAUAUGACGGUUACAUUAUCUACAGCGAGCGCGACGAAGAUUUCGUCUCCAGAUUUCUUGCAGCUGAAUUGGAGCAAGCUGGCUUGGCUCUUUGUUUACACUGGCGUGACUUACCGCCGGCCAGGCCGCAGGAGGCGCUACCACCGGCCGCUGCCUCCGCGAGACGCAUCGUGAUAAUUUUUUCGCCGGUGUUCCUCGCGAAUGAGUGGCAGCACGCAGAAUUCCGCGCUGCUCUGAGAACGGCGUUGGAGAACAUUAGACCGACCUCGCGGAAACGUCGAGUAGUAGUGUUAUUAGCUACUGAGACGCCCACCCGAGACCCAGAGUUGCAACUGCUACUGCAGACGUGCACGGUAGUAAUCUGGGGCGAGAAGAGGUUCUGGGAGAAGUUGAGGUUUGCCAUGCCAGACUCGGUCGACAAACGACGCGAUAGCAAGAAGGUCAAUGACCGCAACCGCACGCCGACGCGAUACACUGCGGCGCCGUCCGCUGCCGUGGACGUUUGGACCAAGCCUAAUGGCGUUUUGGUCGCACCGGUGCACCAUGCACCCACGCCGACGCCCACGCAGUCUACCUACGUCAGCUCGGCGUCCAGCCGUACCGAGGAUGAGGAUAGCGGCGCGGAACACCAACAUCAUCAACAUCAUCAACAUCAACAUCAUCCUCAUCAACACGGCUAUAGCGCGCUACAUGCCGGUAACGGCCGUCCGGCCAGUCUGUCUUCGAGAGGCAGCCAUCUCUACAGCACUAUACCGGAACCACCGGUGGUGCCCACCGCGCCACCCGGCGAGGCCCUCGCUCCCGCGCAUCCAGGCAAUCCGCGUACUUACUUUGUCUAGCGCAGAAGGGCGGCGAUCGUGCUCCGAUCCGGCAGGAGAUAGACCGAUUCCCCAUCUUUUUCUUCCGGUCUUCGCCUCGCUUCCGGUACCCGCUGGGACACGGUCGUCCGGUCGUAUCGUGACGUUUCUCGUCGAGAUGUAAAAAAAUUCCUUCGCUUCAGAACGACUGUGACUACACUUGUACAGUAUUCCCCAGUACUCGCGACGUAUCGACCGUCACCUCGACUGAGACGCUUUAACUCUUCCACUUGGGGUCGAUCGCCCCGCGAUAUGAACCACUCGGCCGCGAGCAGAUGAUUCGUUCGCAGCACGCGCGCAUAAUAUUACAUACGUACGAAAUCGAUUUGAUGCCUUGUGCUUAUUAUCAUAAUGUAUAACGAUGGAUAGAUUUAAUGGCUUGACUUUUUUCCUAAACUUAGGAUACGCGCGUGAUCGUCAUUCUUUGUUCUCUUCUCGGUAUCUCUUUUUCAUGUUGCGCAAUGUUCUUCCAAAUCACGACCAAAUAUUACCGUUUCGAAACUCAUGGAACGAAAGUUCUAAGGGCCCUUCUCCUUUCGUAUAGAUCUUGUAAAUAGUGACGCGGUAUUGGUGAGAAUGUAGAUUUUUUUGCGCUUUGAUUUAACGAGCGAGACGUCGCGUGAGAUAAUUAAGGAUCGGUAUUAAUUUACCUAUAAUAUACGUAUAUCCGCACUCUCUAAUUCUCGCGAAUCUCUUUCGCGGGUCUUUACAUUGACUGAUUUAUUUGCCACGCGAAAUCAUGAUGAAUCAUCGAAAUCUGAAACUAGGUCGCGAUCAAAAGCACCUGAGCGAAUUUUACGGAAUGUUUCAUUACGAUGGAUAGGUCUCUAAUUUAAAUGUUUUGUCAUGUGAUCCCUUUCACACACGAGUCCUUUGAUUUAGAGUCGUCCUGUUUCGAUUUGCAUUAAUUGUCAUAACUGUCAGUAAAUUUGCUAAUAUUUGGAUAUUUACGAUAAACACGGGGAAUAAUAAUGAUUAUAAUGGCAGCUAAAUAUAGUAGUACAGAAACUGAUGUUAUGACAUAAUGCAAUUAUUUUAUAUUAAUUAAAUCGCAUUGGUAAUUUUUAUUUCUAACAUUAUUCAUAUCAAAGCACACGCGGAACAAUUGUAAUAAUAUUUGUAACGGUAUUAGAGAAAAUGUA